AGUUAUUUAUGGUCUGUGUUCACCUGUUCAACAUUGCAUCAGUUUUUUAAAGAUCUCUCCGCCGUCCAGCAUUCCCGCGUAGCGAGCCAGCUGUGAUUGACAAGCAUGAAAGACAUCAUUCGAGUGCGAGAGGACUGCUUAUGUUAAAGAACCGCUUCCUUCUCCGCGUUGCAUAUUUAAAUCCUCCUUACCUUAUCCUCGCUCUCCUGGUUCCUGCAUCUCGGGGUCACGACAACUGCAGUCAUGCGAGGUUCCAUACGGUGGUAUUUGAAGAUUCUCAAUGACAAGGUAGGGCAGCCUUAGGGGCGAAGUUUGGAGUGAUUGAUGGUCUGGGCUAACCCGUUCAUUGCAUCAGUUUUUUCCUACAAAUAUAGUUCCAUGUGACAAAAGCCAGCUGUGAUUGACAAGAAUGACAAAGCCAACAUUGCUUUGGUUCCGUGUGGAAUUGCUUGACAAAGUCUAAUUGGUACAUUUGCUCAAACCAGUGCUGGUAAUCUAUGGGCUAAAAAAAAAAAAAAAAAAUGUAAUAUUGCCACUUUUUAACACAACCCCACCAGAAAAGCACCAAGCAUGCAUGUUCUUGUGCUGACAUCUACUGUUAUUUCAAUGCAAAUGCAUAUGCAAAUAUGAGAACAAAAAAAAAAACCGACAGCCCUCCACCUAUGUUGAUAUAUAUGGGCUAACAUGCUCAUCGAGUUCAUUCUGGGGAAUCAUGGCGGUGAGAUUGUUUGAAGAUAGCGAACACGCCGCUGCUUACCUGCAGUACAGAAUGACCCCUGAGGAAAUGGUCACAAGGAUUAUGGACUUCAUGAAACCAAAGGCGCAAAGGAAGUUCAACCUCGCAGUGGAUGUUGGAUGCGGUUCCGGUCAGGGGACCGUACUCUUGGCCCCCUUCUUUGACCAGGUUGUUGGGACGGACAUUAGUGCUGCCCAGCUGGACAUGGCUCAGGCUAACAAUGGGCGCCCAAAUGUGACGUACAGGCAGUGUCCCGCAGAGGAACUACCGUUUGAGUCGAACCAGGUGGACCUCCUGGCGGCCAUGACGGCGGCCCACUGGUUCGACCGCCAGCGCUUCCCGAAGGAGGUCGACCGUGUGCUGAAGCCCGGUGGCUGCCUGGCCCUGCUGAGCUAUGCCUCAGAUGACAUGGAGCUGGAAUAUGGCGAUGCCACAAGUGCGCUUAACAAGAUCUGUGAAGAGCUAUAUGCAGUGUUGCGACCCUUCAGACACCCUCUGACCUCCUCUUCAAAGCUCUACUUAGAACUGUUUGAAUCCUGCGCCUAUACGGAAAAAGAGUGGAAUGGCCGUCUACGAGCUAAAAGGACGGUGACUGUGAACAGUUACAUCGGGAUGGUCGAGACGCUCUCCUCCUACCGGACUCUUAAUCAACAUGACGCCGCCGGGGCCAAACUUCUUUCUGACAACAUCAGGAACAAGUUGUUGAGCGCCAUGCAGGUGUCCUCACCAGAAACGGAGCUCACCUUGGUCAUCAACUAUUUCUACAUGCUUGCACGCAAACCUUAAAGCUUGCGACUGGCGCCAAGACAGACAAGGUUGCUCGGAAAUAAAAUCUCCCUGUAUCCUGAAUAAAAUGUGAAAUUGGAAAAAAAGGGAGUUGCAGAAGUUGUUUGAUUCGACAUGAUUUCCUAAUGCAUAUUAAAGGCUGCCUUUAUGUUGUGCUUCAGCUGCUGUGAAUACAUUUUAUUGUAUGUAUAAAAAGAUUCUCUAACGGGAAA